AACACACUGCCAUUCGGUGUCCGUGUGUUUCGACAUUUGUUUCUUCUGCUCCUCGCUGCACCCGCGUCCAGACAUCAAUCCUACACACGAUGCCGUCCUCGGUCACUACCGCCACGCUCAUGCAGCCGCACGUCGCCCGGAGAAAUGGCCCACGGGCUGAGAAAGAGCAUGCUGCUUCUUCUUCUUCUUCCUCCUCCACCACACCAUCUCCCCCCGGGGCGCACGACGACUUCUUUUGGACAUAUACCGAAGAGCCGCACCGGACGAGACGACAGGCCAUCAUCAAGGCCCAUCCCGAGGUGCUCAAACUCUGCGGACCCGAGCCAUGGACAAUUCCGCUCGUUCUCGCCGUCGUCAGCCUCCAGAUCGGUUGUGCGUAUGCGCUCCGCAACACACCCGUCCUCUCGUGGACCUUCCUGCUCACGGCAUACGUGAUUGGCGCCACGGCGACACAGAAUCUGUUUCUGGCAAUCCAUGAAAUCUCGCACAAUCUGGCCUUCAAGUCUCCUCUGGCCAAUCGCUUGUUCGCCGUGGUUGCCAACUUGCCCAUUGGCAUACCAUACUCGGCCUCCUUCCGGCCGUAUCACUUGACGCACCACAAGUCAUUGGGUGUCGAUGGACUGGACACGGAUCUGCCCACCGCCUUGGAAGCCUGGUUUCUCGACUCUGUUGCUGGGAAGGCCUUCUUCGCAACCUUUCAGAUCCUGUUCUAUGCCUUGCGACCAAUGAUGGUUUACAAUCUGCCAUUGACCACCAUUCACGCCUUUAAUGUGGCUGUGCAGCUCGCGUUUGACUACGUGAUUGUACAGAACUUUGGAGGGAGAGCGUUGGGAUACUUCAUCAUGAGCGCGUUCCUGGCGGGCUCGCUACAUCCAUGCGCCGGCCAUUUCAUCGCGGAGCACUACGUCUUCUCUCAGCAUCAGAGAUCACGAGAAGCCAGUGCUUCCGAAGCAGCCAAGCUCGCGCCUCCGCCCGCCGAGACGUACUCGUACUACGGUAUCCUGAACCUGGUGACGUACAAUGUUGGUUUGCACAACGAACACCAUGACUUUCCCGCCAUUCCAUGGACGAGACUCUGGAAAUUGAACCAGAUUGCGCACGAAUUCUACUCGGACCUGCCUUGUCAUUACAGCUGGUCAGGCGUGAUCUGGCAAUUCAUCAUGGACAAGGAGGUGGGACUGUGGUGUAGAGUGAAGAGAAAAGAAGGUGGCCGCAAGGUUGGUGGCACAGAAGCUGCUAAUGGCGGCCAUCGAUUACCUGUACCGGUAGAGAUGACACGAUAGGUACAUGCUGGAUUUCACAUUCUCAAUUUGAUUGCAGACUUCCCAUCAGGAAACAUGCGAGCACUCGAGGCCGCCGCUGGCAUCUGAGGCUCUUGACUACUCUUGACCUGCUUCAUCCCUACGGUAGCUUUGAGGUCCCCUUCGCCGUGAUGAGCUGCCGCUUGCUGUACUCAAUUCCGAGUGAGAUGACAGGCUGACAACCCGAGGGCGAUCCGACGAUUUCAGGGUGGCAGGCGUAAUAGGAGAGGAGUUAGGUGGAAGCGCGGCUUCUCAUAGACGCCUUCUCCUCCUUGCCUGUUCUGCACUUCCCUGUUCCUCCUCGUCCUCCUCCUGACGCUUCUCGUGCCAACGCACAGCCAUAUAACAACUUGCACUGAGCAGCGAGUAUGUUUCUUCACCUCACACCGUCACAGCAGCGCCACCCUGCGCCGUCCGCCCAGCUUGACUCCCGGGCACAUUCGCCGCCAGCUCCUGCAAUCCGGCCCCGCCCACCGAGUUGGGCUCGUUUACGGCCAAUUCCGCCCCGUCCUCGGUGCCCGUAUACGAACUGUCUCCGAGUGCUCUCAUGGCCAAUGUCUCUUUGACGGCCCACUCCUUCCAGUUCUCAUACGCCUUGUCCUCCAGUUGUUCUCCCACUUCUAGAGGUCCCAGACCAAAGUAGGCGCCCACAGCUAGAGACUCUUCCCGCGCAACCCGUGCCUCAACCUCUUUCUGAUGUCGGAACCGAUACAGUUCUUUUCGCGCCAUAUCAUACGCGGCGGCAUUACUCAUCGCUGUGUGUUGCAGGAGCCAUUGCCAGCGUUGUAUCACCGCUUCACCAUUGAUCGGUCGAUUCCCUUGCACCUCCAUCACCUCUUCCCACUCUACAUGAUCUCUCCCAAAUUCGUCUCGCGUGUCAGUUUUAGGCCGUCUCAGCGAGUAGUCCAGCGGCACACUCCAGUCGUAUCGCUCCCGAUCUCGUCCAUCAUUUUCGAGCACCACUCGCGGCCGCGCAAGCUCCCAUGGGUGGUCGUUGUAGUACUCCCACCGCAGCUGGUCUUCAGCGUACUUCAGACUCAGUGGUUGGAAGAGUCUCGAAGACUUUUUGGAGGCUCGACUAGGCGUGUUGGGUCGUUGGAGAGGAGGUCGUGUCAAUCUCGUUGCGGGAGGUGUGAUGGUGAUCGGAUAGUACCACGGCGGCGGAGCGGGAAUGCGAGAUGCAUGGAGGAGUUGUGUGGCUCGUUUGUGCACAUUUUGCGCCGCAAAGGAGUAGCGACCCAUGUUGUUUGAUGUCUGCGACACUACAUGUACCUUUUAGUAUAUACAAGUGAGUGAAGGUGCUCUCGGAGCGUGGU